AAGUGCAAAAAAUGGUGCGAACGGCUUUUAGAUCAAGACAGGUUCAUAAAAUGUGUACAAUCAAGCAACGAAGAGAUACAAAGGAGAAGUGAAACAAGAACAGGAUUCCCAAAUAAGACUGAGGUCAAGAGGUUAGACCGGGCUGAGAGGAGGGUCGGAGGAAUGGCAGCCGAUGAAGACAGCGAAGGCUUUACGAUGGCAUCUGUCAAAAGCACAGAGGGAAUCUCUUUCGCAAAGAGAAUACCAAUUAGGCAAGAUGCGAAGACGAGGACGACGGAAAGAGCGGUGAAGCGAGUCACCGAGAAAAGGGAGACGAGUGCAGAGGAUGAUUUACACUCGGGAAGACAGAAUCGAGACAAAACAGCUUUUGAAAACCCUGAUGCAUCCUUCAGACUUGAAUCAGACCACAAAGAGUACUCUGGUCUGCUCAGUACUGUAGUAGAAAAAGGGGCGGAGAGGAGAGUGUUGUCCUGUCAAACAGAGGAACUCCUCAGCAAAAUAGAAAAAGUGGGAGACGCAAGUGAUUAUACCAAUGAGAGGAAGCAGGGGAGACAAGUUCCUGAUGACAGCUCAGUUGCCAGAGCUCCGAGGAUCCCUCCGAUGGGUAGCCCACCAGGUGCUCUUGAGAUCCAAAUCCCCAGGACCGUGUUUUAUGUUGCAGAAGAGAUGGGGAGAAAUAAGUACUCAAGUCAAUGCAAGGAAGAUAAAGGCUCUGAGGUAGGAUGUGGAGUGGAGAGAAGGGACAGCUGGAGAGUUGGCAAGCCCUUGAGCCGCAUUGAGUCCCUGCGAGAGAAAAUUAGGCAAAGAGAGCAGGAGAGGAGGAGGAGGGCCCACGGCGUGGAUGGAGGUGAAGGCGCAAGAGUCUCUGAUGCACAGACAGCGGGGGACGUAUGUGAGGAGAAGGGAACUGAAAAACCUGCUGCACAUUUGCAGAAGACAAAGGUUGCAGCAGAGAGCGGUGAGGAUGACGCAGAGGCCCAGACAUCCGUGACUGCGUUUGACAUUGCACAGGAAGUCGGUGUGUUGAAAAAAUGCCCCCAACUUCCUGUUUCUGUAAAGCACUCGCACACUGUGGACGGAGAAGAAGUAAGUAGCGAUCUUGCGCAUGUUCCCUCCGAAGAUACCAGUGAAUGUCUUCGAAUAUCUGAGGACGAACCCGACUCUGCGAAGCAUGUGGAGGAACUGAUUUACCACAGAAGCCAGGAAGAGGAGGAAGACAAGGAGGUCUCCGAAAAGAAAGUGGAGAAACACACGUCGUCCUCUGAUCACGCGCAACCUCUGCCCCCUUCGCCACCACAUCCUAACUCCCUGGCAGCCAUGAGUCGGAUCUACAACUUGGAGACGGUUGGAUCGAGGUCAGGCUUUUGUUUGAGAGACAGGAACUUGGACGUGUCAUCAGUGCAUCUUGUUAGGGUGAAGCCCCUCAUCUCAGCACAUGCUCAACACGGGGAUGUUAAGUUGUUCUCGGGUGAAGACAUGGAUGUCCAGGACAGAUCGCUCCAUAAGGAGAAAGAGACGAAAGGACCCCAAAGAAAAGGAUUGAAAAAGGACCAGUUGAAGGAUCAUGCCAAGACUGAGGAGGUAGAUCAGGAAACACUUGACAUGAACGCCAAAGUACGUCCCAGGCGUGUUUUUUCUCCAACAUCUCAGCUCAAGCAACCAAACCCAAUUAAUACCUCACAUCUCAGGAGCCGAUCCCCAGACAGAUCUCUGAAACCCUCAGACUGUGCACCAACUCCGGCUCCCUCUCCAUGUUACCCGUCUCCUGCUGCCUCCCCCACCGCCUCGCCGACUCGCUUUUCCAUCCGCAGUGCCUCUGGCGGUCACGUAAAGAGAGGGGCCACCGUUACAAUCGAGUCGAAAAAGUCCACGGGGGCAGGAAGAACAACUGACUCAAUGACGCCGUCCGUCACCGUGGCGAGCAACAAUGCAAAAACGCCUCAGCAGCAUCAGACAACAUCUUCAACUGAUGCUGAGCCCAUAAAGAAGAAGUAUCCGGCAGUGGAGGAAAUCGAAGUGAUUGGUGGGUAUCAGAACCUGGAAAACUCCUGCCUUGUGAGGAGCAAAGGGAUUCAGAAACGGGGGAAGGUGUGUUUUGAUGAAGACCGGCUGGAGCAGGUAUGCGAAUACCCGUCGGAGACCUCCGUGUGGACGUCCACCACUGUCACCCACGACCCUGUGAUGGCCGAGACAACAAAGGGAGAGGAGACACGGGAGGAGGAAGUGGACGGAGGAGCCAUGGUGUCGAAAGGCUCAAGGAAUUUGAGUACUGCAAUGGGACUUGGUCUACGAGUGGAUGAGUCUCGCCCUCCGGUAGACGGCACUCGCCUCGCCAAAAUUCCUGUGUGACGCAAUCAGGUUUUUUUUUAGCUGUUUUGAAAGGUAAUCACAAUCUCUGUGUUGUGUUUGUCAUAGCAACAGUGUAAGGGGGAGUGUGAAAUGUACACAAUUUAUUGUUAUGUUUAUAUUUAGUUUUAUUAUCAGACUGUAUCACGCGUCAUGAGAGCAGUAAACGAUCACUUGUCUAUGCAAUGUAUUUUCAUGAGAUACCAUAUUUGAUAGGGUAGCGCAGUGGCUUAUUGCUUAGCCAACUUGCUUGAUUUGCUUUGUCACCCGUAACACAAAGCUGAAAAGUGUAUGUUUUGUUCGGAUAGUUUUAGCAUCUGUAAUGUACAAACCCCAAAACCAGUGAAUUUGGCAUGUUGUGUAAAUGGUAAAUAAAAACAGAAUAAAAUGAUUUGCAAAUCCUUUUCAACUUAUAUUCAUUUGAAUAGACUGCAAAGACAAGACAUUUAAUGUUCGAACUGAGAACAUUUUUUUUUUUUUGCAAAUAAUCAUUAACUUAGAAUUUAAUGGCAGCAACACAUUGCAAAAAAGUUGGCACGGGCAUUUUUACCACUGUGUUACAUGGCCUUUCCUUUUAACAACACUCAGGGGGGCGUCCAUGAAAAACACGUUGCUUGGAUGGCAACGAUGGUUGCUCCAAAACCUGUAUGUACCUUUCAGCAUUAAUGGUGCCUUCACAGAUGUGUAAGUUACCCAUGUCUUGGGCACUAAUACACCCCCAUACCAUCACAGAUGCUGGCUUUUGAACUUUGCGCUUAUAACAGUCCGGAUGGUUCUUUUCUUCUUUGGUCCGGAGGACACGACGUCCACAGUUUCCAAAAACAAUUUGAAAUGUGGACUCGUCAGACCACGGAACACUUUUCCACUUUGCAUCAGUCCAUCUUAGAUGAGCUCGGGCCCAGCGAAGCCGGCGCCGUUUCUGGGUGUUGUUGAUAAAUGGCUUUCGCUUUGCAUAGUAGAGUUUUAACUUGCAUUUACAGAUGUAGCGACAAAAUGUAGUUACUGACAGUGGUUUUCUGAAGUGUUCCUGAGCCCAUGUGGUGAUAUCCUUUACAUCCUGAUGUCGGUUUUUGAAGCAGUACCGCCUGAGGGAUCCAAGGUCACGGGAAUUCAAUGUUACGUGCAGUGAUUUCUCCAGAUUCUCUGAACCUUUUGAUGACAUUACGGACUGUAGAUGGUGGAAUCCCAAAAUUCCUUGCAAUAGCUCGUUGAGAAACGUUGUUCUUAAACUGUUCAACAAUUUUCUCACACAUUUGUUCACAAAGUGGUGACCCUCGCUCCAUCCUUGUUUGUGAAUGACUGAGCAUUUCAUGGAAGCUGCUUUUAUACCCAAUCAUGGCACCCACUUGUUCCCAAUUAGCCUGUUCACCUGUGGGAUGUUUCAAAUAAGUGUUUGAUGAGCAUUCCUCAACUUUGUCUGUCUUUUUUGACACGUGCCAGCUUUUUUGAAGCCUGUUGCAGGCAUCAAAUUCCAAAUGAGCUAAUAUUUGCAAAAAAUAACAAAGUUUGUCAGUUUGACCGUUAAAUAUCUUGUCUUUGCAGUGCAUUCAAUUGAAUAUAAGUUGAAAAGGAUUUGCAAAUCAUUGUAUUCGGUUCUUAUCUACGAUUUACACAAGGUGCCAACUUCACUGGUUUUAAAUUUUGUACAAAAUGGACCAAAUUGGCCCCUGCACACCCCUGAUGUAAAUUGUCCAUAGGUGUGAAUGUGAUGGGAAAUGUUUGUCUAUGUGCCCUGUGAUUGGCUGGUGACCAGUCCAUGGUGUACCCAAGCUGGGAUAAGCUCCAGCUCAACCGUAAGGAGGACAAGCGCUAUACUGUGGAAAACAGAUUUUUGACUUCAGUACAUUUUUAUGUCAUCUUUGUGCCUGGGGUAUGAACUUGACUUGUACCGACGAUGUGAAGAUCCCUUCAAGCAGACAUUUUAGGUUUAGGGGGGAAAAUGGUUUCAGUCUGCUAUGUGACCUUUUCUGUUCAUGUAGAAGUAGCAAAAGCUGGACAGGAAAAUGUGUGCUUUAUAAAUAUACAACCGCUGUUAGACUGUAUUUUAAUUGACACAAACAUGGUAAGUUGUAACAAAUAAAGUCUCUAUGAAUUAUGUCUUUAUGAAUUUUUGAAGAAGCUGGCUUCAAAGAGAA